CAACAUCAACAACAGCAGCAACAUCAACAACGUCAACACCAGCAUCACCAAAGCGAGCUGGCGCCAGUGAGCGGCAUCACUCGAGCGCCACGGGACACGGAGCGCAGUUCCAACCGCAGCGGCAGUCCUCCUCCUCCAUCGCCUCUCUCACCCCCUCACCUAUCCCCGUCACCAGGACACCUGCCUCCCCUCACCUCUCUCUCUCUCUCUCGCCGCCCCUCAGCUGCUCACCUGCCUCCCGCGCGUGCUCGCCUCUCAUCCCGCCAUCUGCCCCCUCCCCUCACCUGCGCCCCUCCUCGCCUCGUUUUCUCCCCGCCUCUCUCCUCUGCCCUCUCCUCCUCCCUCCGCUUCCCUCCUCCUCUCCGCGCCUCUGGCAGGGGCCACAUUCGACAGCCGAGCGCGCCGCGUAAGUGCCGCCUCCUCCUCCUCGCCAAUUGUCUCCUCGCCCACCCGCGUCUCCCUCGCAGCGAAACCUCCAUCGGCGUCUCCCCUCACCUGCCCGCUCGACCCGAGCGUCUCCCCUGCGAGGUCGCCCUCGCCUCGCCCCAGCCGGACCGUGCUGGGUACCGGCGGCCGGACGCCGAUCGCUCGCCUCUGGGCGCGUUGCUGCGCCAGGAUGCCGGGCACGGGCUAGCAGCAGGGAGCUAGAGCAGCCGUGUGGCCACGGGGCUGGGUGCUGCAGGGGAGUUGCGGGGAGCCGGGGGAGUGGGUGGGGGGGCCCUGGGAGCUGAGUGACGACGACUCGCGGGGCGAUGCGCGGCGUGGAGGCGCGGACAGAGCAGCGAUGCGACCACGACAGCCUCCGGCACCAUCACCACCGCCACCACCUGCUGCUGCGCCGGUACACGUAGGCUGCGUUGAGGCAACAUGUCAACAGCUGGCGGCUUCCUGCCCGAGAGCUGUCCCGGCCAGAACAACAACAACAGCAGCAGCCUGUCUCAUCACCUCGCGCACAGCUACGACAGCGAGGGCGGCAAGUACGAGUCGGUGAGGCUGCCGCUCAGACAAAGGGCCGUCCGGGUUCGACACCGGAUCGAGGCCUGCUUCUUCUCCACCGGCUGCGCCACGCUGGGUGUCACCAUCGUGCUCAUUGGCAUCACGGUGACCAUCAUCGGCUACUGGCCCAAGUACGACCACACGGCGAGCACCAAUGGCUCUUCCUUCCUGGCCGAGAGCAACAACAACAACAGCAGCAGCAGCAACAACAACAGCAGCAGCAUCAAUAGCAGCAGCAGCAACAGCAGCAGAGGAGACGGCAGCGGUGGCGUCAACGACAACACCACGGGCUUGGAGGGGCAGACGAGAGGCAGCGAGGUCGUGGGCCUGCUGGAUCAGCAGCUCUACCUCUACGUCGUCAAGAUCCUGGGCCCGCUCACCAUGGGGAUCGGUAUCUUCGUGUUCAUCUGCGGCAUCGCGGCGCUGUACGAAAACCGGGAGAAAGACAUCAAGGGCAUCACGCUGAGGGACAUCCAGCUGUCGGAGCAGAAGCCGCACGUCCAGACGAGCGUGAGCACCAGCAACCUGUCCCGAAGUUUCUCGAGCUGCUACGAGCAGGACACGAAGAGCCAGGAGCAGCCGGCGGAGAAGCCCACGCCGAACUUCUACAUGCUGUUCCCCUGGACGGCGAGCGGGAUGGGCUCGUCGGAAGAUUCGGAGCGCGAGGUCGCGGCGCAGCAUCACUUUAAGUUUCUCCAAGCGCCCUUCAACACCAUGCUAUCCACGUCGCUGCUCAUCAUCUCCGAGAUGUGUCUCGGCAGCCCGUUCAAGAGCAAGCCCUCCGAGAAACUGGAGAUAUUCCACGGCAAGUCCAGCCUCUCGUCCUCCAUCACCACCCUGUCGCUGCCCAUCAUCAAACUCAACAACUGCGUCAUCGACGACCCGGAGGAGCCGGAAGCGGGUGCCGACAAGCUGGAGGGGGCCGACCCCGAGGCGAUCUCCAUAGCAGGACCUGAAUUUCCGACCGCCCCGAGACUGCAAUGCUCCAACACGCUCUCCCUGCCGGUCGGCGAGGACCCUCUGAUCGAGAGCUACGAAGCCCGCUCGUACAUGGCGAGCCUUCACAACGACGCCGCCGCCGCCGCCGCCGCCUCCUCCUCCUCCUCGGCGUGCUCCAGCAAGGCCCCGGGCACCGCACACCUCCUGCUGCCAGCCCAGCAGGACCUGUCUCCGGACCUCGGCAGGAGGUCGCAGACGGUGACCAUCACGGUGGGGCACGGCAAGAACUUCUACGGCUCGUCCAAAAACUGCGCGCGCUGGACGAAGGGCGGCGGGCGCGUGGACGCCGUGGACCGGCUGGCGGUGCCCGAGCCCAAGGCUCAGUACACGAACAAGGAGAAGCUGCUCAUGAUCUCCAAGUUCGCGCACAACUCCAGCUUCGACGAUGACCCUUGCGACGUGCCCGGCUCGCUGGAAAUGGAUUUCUAAAGGCGGACGGAUGGUCACCGACGGUCGACUCUCCACGACGAGACGGUCGCGCUACGUUGCCGCGGUGCAACGGGUCAGCGCAGCGGACUUGCGACCCAGAGGUCGCCACUUCGAUCGGUCUCCCAGCGUGGCGGUUAAAGCAAAUACCCCCUGCCUCUGUGCACCCCAAAGCGUUACGCGUGGGUUCAUCACGGUUGAUCGAUCGGCGAGUCACAUACGGUGGGGUAAAUUGUGGGUAGUCCCACCUCUUCCGAGACGUCUGGCCAGCGUGGAAGAGUAGGCCAAAAUUCCCUCCAGCGGGGGCUCUUCUACUUUCCCUCGAGCAAAGGCCCUUCCGCCAGCAAUGGUGAGAGCGAGCAGUUGCAGGGGUAUGCCUUUAACCUUUUGAUGAGAGAUUUUACUUGACUGAAAAAAAUCCAUGUAUGUACAUUCUGAAGAUAGCGUUUAUAUAUAUACGUCUCAACUCAAGCAGUGCCAAUACUUUGUAACACACUUUGUACGUUUCCGGUGCAUGGGGCCUGUAACUUAAAACUGGGCGCUGCAUCACACAGGAUAUGUUUGUAACUACCACCGUCAUAUUUUUUGUAUAUCUUGACCGCCAGUAUUUGAGAUCGCAGCAUUUGAGUGGGGUGCCAUUACACUAAUGCGCCGUUAGCGACACAUUUUGUGAUUUGGAAUUUUGUACUGCGAUUAUUGUAACAGCCGUUUUGACGGUGCAUGUUUAGAUAUCUGUAUUUUUUUUAAGUGAAGUUUCCCGUGGGAGGUUUGUACAUUUCGGUACAAUUGGACAUUUUGUUCAGCCAACUGCUCCUCUUGACGAGACGACAUGGCACCAGUUGGGUUCAACAUUAACCUUUCCACCAACAUCCCAGUGGCUUAAAACGUGAUUGACACGGGCCCUUUCCGCCCCGUAGGCUCCCGGUGCAGCUGCACCGUCUGCACACUCAAUAUCUAGGCCACUGCUAAAAGCCGUUCGGACGCAGCUGCCGAUGAGUGGCUUGCGUUUGUUUUUCCAACAGCUGAACGAUGACCUGUGACAGUAACAUCUGCAUCCACGUGCGCAAACGUCCGUCAUCUUAAAACUGUAUUCUCUUCACGUUUUGGGUUUUUCUUCCCCCUCCCCCCCCCCAGAGUGCGUAUCGCCGUGUCCACUCGAGUCAGCGGACAGCGCUGCGCUGUGAGAGGGUUAAGGCUAUUUGCUACGAAACGUGAACAGUAAUCGAGCAUAAUUACAUAAACUCGUGUAAUCGCAUCUCGUGGGCACUGAAUAAUUCAUGUCGCCCAAAGUGAAUGCUUUUCAUCGCCGCAUGCUUCAUUAGUUCACGUAAUAAAUGCGACCUUUACGGCGAUCUUUACGCACCCUGUGAGCCACAGCGCUUCUUCGUAAGCGCCGACAGUUCUUUAUCCGGCAGCGCACCGCAAGGCCUGUUUUUUUUGUUUCCAUUUUGUACAUUGUAAAUAAAAGGAAGCCCUCUCCUACCAA